AUGCCACCCACAAAACGAGCUCGAAUAUCCCAUCCUGCCGAGCCCCAGGAGAUGGUCACUGGAACUAGCGAGCAUGCGUCGCAACAAGGGACCGACAACGAGCAUUUAUCAGAGACGCAAGAUGAUGCAGAGAGUACAGACUAUAGCAUCUCAGUCCCUACACAGGUGGCAUACUGGUCCACGAUCAGUCCCAGUGUCGAUGGUAUGCUAGGAGGUUACCCACAAGUUUCUCGCAUCGAUCUUCAAUUCUCGCGGAACUUCUUACGUAAACUGGAACGUCUGGAUAAAGCCAGCCGUGGGGAGACGAGCGCAGACGCAUCAUCUAAUCAGCAUAGAUAUGCAUUUGAGUAUUGCCUGGAGCCCGGUGCAGGCAUUGGUCGGGUCACGCUCAACCUGCUGGCACCUCUAUGCUCAAGGAUAGACAUCAUUGAGCCCGUCAAACGGUUCACAGACGUGCUCACAGCGGAUGACUCGGCAAUCAUUCGGUCAGGUCAGUUACGGCGCGUGUAUAAUAUGCCGCUGCAGGAAUGGACUGCAGAGUCCAUGCCCUCCUACUCCGCUCCCGAAGAACGCGCAGAGACCGGCCCAGCAACAAGAGCAACGCCUACCGAUGGGUACGACCUGAUCUACAAUCAAUGGUGCUUGAAUCACCUCUCGAUGGCCGACUUGGUCAGCUAUCUAACCAAACUGAUCCCUCUGCUUCGACCCGGCGGUUGGAUCAUCGUCAAGGAAAACAUCUCGACCGACGCCUAUAGCAAAGAUAUCUUCGACGAGGAGGACAGCAGCGUCACUCGGAGUGACCAGAAUUGGAGAACCGGGUUUGAACAGGCAGGACUCAAGCUGGUUAAGACGGAGCUACAAACUGGGUUCCCGAAAGCGCUGGGGUUGUUUCCCGUAAGGAUGUAUGCGUUGAGGCCCCGGUAA